AUGGCGACUGUCAUCCACCCACCCCGGGAUCCCAACACCCUGAGCAACUAUAAUAAUUGGGUCUCUACUCAUAUUACUGCGAACUUUGAUAUUCUCUUUGAGCACAAGAAGCUCGUAGGGAACGUUGUUCAUAAACUCAAGUCUAUUACCGAUGCGGAGUCUACCGAUAUCAUCUUGGACACGAACCAUGUGGACAUCGGUGAUGUGAAAGUUGACGGCCGGGUCUCUCAUUGGGAGCUCCUCCCCCGGCUGGAACCAUAUGGUGCUGCGUUGAAAAUUAAGCUCCCUCAGGGUGUGAAGUUGAAUGAGAUAAUUGAAGUUGAUAUCUCUGUUAAGACCACCGACAACUGCACUGCUCUUCAGUGGCUGACGCCGGCCCAAACGUCUAAUAAGAAACACCCAUAUAUGUUUUCUCAGUGCCAGGCUAUCCACGCACGGUCAAUUUUCCCGUGUCAAGAUACACCCGAUGUUAAAUCUACUAUCGAUUUUAAUAUCACUUCGCCUCUUCCUGUGAUUGCUAGCGGAUUGCCUGUUCGCGGCAUCAUAGAAAACCCCCAGUCUGACGGCAAAGCGUUAUAUCGUUUCCAUCAACAGCUGCCGAUUCCAAGUUAUUUGUUCGCACUGGCAAGUGGCGAUAUCUCGGAGGCUACAAUUGGGCCCCGGAGUGUUGUUGCAACUAGCCCUGACAAACUUCGAGAAUGCCAAUGGGAGCUCGAAGCGGAUACUGAAACUUUUAUAAAUGCUAUUGAGAAAAUCGUCUAUCCUUAUGCUUGGGGAGAGUACAAUGUCCUCAUUCUUCCCCCGAGCUUUCCAUAUGGGGGCAUGGAAAACCCAAUCUUCACCUUUGCGACACCUAGUAUUAUCUCCAAGGAUCGGGAAAACGUCGACGUUAUUGCCCACGAACUUGCCCAUAGCUGGAGUGGUAACCUCGUUACUAAUGCUUCAUGGGAGCACUUCUGGCUCAAUGAAGGCUGGACUACUUACCUUGAGAGACGUAUUCUAGCUGCGGUACAUGGUGAACCCUAUCGGCAUUUCUCAGCCAUCAUCGGUUGGAAGUCACUUGCAGAUUCCGUGGAACAUUUUGGACAUGACCAUCCGUUUACUAAACUGGUCACUGAUCUUAAAGGAAAGGACCCUGACGAUGCUUUUUCAAGCAUUCCAUACGAAAAAGGGUUCAAUUUCUUGUUCCACUUAGAAAACCUAGUUGGAAAGGAUAAGUUUGACCGAUUUAUCCCUCAUUAUUUCACGAAGUUUAAAGGGAAGUCUCUUGACUCGUAUGAGUUCAAAGCGACUAUUCUCGACUUUUUCCAGUCUGACCCGGAAUGCUCCAAGCUCCUGAAUAAUCUUGACUGGGAUGUAUGGUAUUAUGCUCCUGGUUUACCUCCAAAACCACAAUUUGACACAUCCCUCGUCGAUGUCGUAUACGAGCUCUCUAGAAAAUGGAAGUCCCUUCCUGACUCCUCUUUUCAGCCUCAGCCAACCGAUAUUGAAGGGCUGACAGCAAACCAAAUCGUGGUUUUAUUGGAACAAAUUCUUCUGUUCGAGCGACCACUUAGCCCUGAACUGUCGAGGGUUUUGGGCCAUGUCUAUGGUCUUGCCAAGAGUGAAAACAUAGAGGUCGCCAAUCUCUAUUGUCAAGUAGGGUUAAGGGCCGGAGACGAAACCGUGUAUAAACCAACGGCAGAAUUGUUGAGCAGGAUCGGUCGGAUGAAAUUUGUGCGACCUUUGUACCGCAACCUACAAAAGGUUAACCGCCCACUUGCGAUUGACACUUUUGAGAAAAAUAAGGAUUUCUAUCAUCCGAUCUGUCGGGCGAUGGUUGAGAAAGACCUCUUUGGAAAGAGGGAGUAA